CCCAUAUUUUUGUAGUGUUCUGCACCAUGCGACGGAGGAAUUCAAACUCGACGAAUCAUUUGCGUGGGAAGAGAUGAUGUCUACGCGUACCAGUCGAAGGAGGAGGAUUGUACUAAUAGAGGUUUUGAGCCGCCAAUAUCAGCACAAGCAUGUAACAUGCAGCCGUGUGAUCCAACCCCGACGACGACAAUUACAACAGCAGCACCAACUCCUCCAUCUGAAAGUGUAGUCAGAUAUCUCAACGGAUCGUUUUCAGUAUGUUCUGCAUCGUGUGGUUACGCUACCAAGUCACGUCGUGUACUAUGUGUUCACACACUCAAUGGUGUUCAUACGCACGUAGAUGACAGUCUUUGUCCAGGAACUAAACCUGAGGAAAUCGUCGUAUGUGAAGGUCUUCCACCCUGUUCCAUCCUGACAACAACUGCUGAGUCUGAUGCCAUGACAACAGUUGCACGGACAACUGUGACGGCUCCCAUACAGACUACAAUGAUACAAAUCACGACGACCAUUGCUCCAUCUACUACCUUAGUAUAUGAGCAGACAACUGUGUACAUCAACGAUGAAACAACCACAGAAUACUUUGCUGAUCCUUCAAUUGAAAGGCCUACAUUUGUCGUCGGUCAGUAUGGAGAAUGCGACUGUUCAAGUAGAGAAAAGACGCGCUACGUCCUCUGUGUGGACUACCGCAGCAACAUGGUUGUUAUGAUCGCCGAAAAGCACUGUUACGCAGCUAAACAAGUUCGACCAGAUAAUACCACGGCCUGCAACGCUAAUGAAUGUCCUGGCACUGUCGCACCUGUAGUACCUGAGUGGUCUACAACUGGAUUUGAAGAAUGUUCAAGAACAUGCGGUGGUGGUGUUCGAAGGCGGCAGGUUGUUUGCGUGGACUCAUCAACUAACGAACCGCUAUCUGAUGAUCUCUGUGAUGCAGACCAACGCCCCCAAGAAACCGAGGAUUGUGCCAUCAAUAAUUGCGAAGAUGACAGAGGCUCAUUCUGGUCCACUGGCAAAUGGAGCGAUUGCAGCGUCACGUGCGGUCUAGGCCACCAGAGAAGACCAAUUGUCUGCUACUAUUUUGAGGGCGUAGCAACGACUGAAAUUAGUACCGAAUGUGAUAUUGACAUCAUACCAUCUGAUACUCGUGAAUGUGAUAUGGGCCGUUGCCAUGGAUACUGGGUUUCUACAGAAUGGUCAGAGUGCUCUGCUUCGUGUGGAUUCGGUAUACAAUCAAGAACUGUAGAUUGCAGGUGGCAGAAAUCGGACUUACAAACUAUUGAUGAAAGCCAGUGUGAGGGCAGCAAACCGGACAGCCAAAUUGGUUGUAAAGUUGACGAUUGUCCUCUUGCUUAUGCUUGCAACAAUAUGUUGAAAGGCUCAGGUGGAAACAUUUCAUCUCCACUAUAUCCAAAUAAUUACCCAAAUGACGUCACUUGUAAGAAUAUUUUAGUGACUGACAGCACAUCAAGUAAUAAUUCGUAUAUAGAAAUCAACUUCCAGGAACUAGAAAUCGAAGAAGAAACAGAUUGUAACUUCGAUUAUAUUGAGGUUUAUGAUGUAACGACUGGAGUAACGGACAAGAUUUGCACGGCUGCAGAAAUGCCGAAGAAAUGGACUUCUCAAGGAAAUAUGGUUGAAGUGACAUUUGUCAGCGAUGCUAGUAUCAAUAAAAAGGGUUACUCAGCGUCAUGGAAAAUGAUAGAAAAUUAGCAGGCAAUUCAGACGUCUAGACUGUUUGUGGCACCCGAUUUUACCUAAUAGAUCUGAUAAAUAUCAGUUUCGGCGACAUCACCAUUCAUGAUGCCGUCACCUCACCAAACCUGAUUAGAGGAUUCUGAUCAGAUGAUUGAUGACUGGUGCUGUCACCAGUAGAGAAGUGUAUCAGCAUUUAUUUGUCACCGAAACUGAUCACUUAGGUAGAAUUGGCUGUUUGUGUUUGCUGAAUAUCUUGUCAUUAUCUCAAGAAUGUUCAAAUCUGUUUUAAGCAGUGUAUCUAUAAUAUGUAAUUUUUUUUUAAAUGGUUAUUGUUUUUGCUAUUGUAAAUAUGUGUAUUUAUUAAGUAAUUUAAGUUCAUAUUUUGUUUUUUUAUUUCGUAUUUUCUGUUCUGGAAUAUAUUGCAUCAUAUAACGAAUAAUUAGAAGACCUAGAUUUUACUGAAAGUUUUGAUUUGCCACACACACACACACACACUAGAAUAGGCCUCCAAAAUACCAUUUACAAAUGUUUAUUAAAAUCUUAUUUUGAUUUCUUAUCCGCCACACAGUAUUAAAACAUGCAAUUUUUAAAGUACUUAUGCAUUAAUAUGUUCGUGGAAGUUCUAAAAUGUAGCUGUAAAUCUCCUUGGUUUAAUAAAAAGCGGCUUGCAAAUGCAAUACAAACAUUAUCUGUACAUGUUACAAUCAUUAAUAUGGGUAUUUAAUUUAAUUUAUAGAUAUAAAGAGAAUGUAUUAAUAAGUAGGCCUAAUAUUUUCUAAGACUGUGAAUUAUGUGAUAUUAUGAACCAUUUAUACUAUAAUAAAUAUCAACAACGGUGUAGUAUUGAUUUUAUUUUAUUAGAAAAAUGUUAUGAACUAUGUUAUUUUUUAUCUGGAAAUGGUGGCUGUGGAAGAGAAUAAGGAAUGUUUGGCUGUGAGCAAGAAAAAAUAUCUAUCAAAUAGUUGGUGAUGUAAGUGAAGACAGAGUUGUUGUAGAGCGGAAGAACUCUAAAUACCUUUAAAAAACGAUGCAAUUAAGAAAAAGGGAAAAUGGGAAAAUGCCCAGGUUUUUCCGAGACCCAUGAUGGGCGAUCUUUUAUUUUGGGUUUCAAAUGUCCUCUAUGUUUUUUUUUUUACCUAGGCCUACGUUUUGUUAUAUAUUGUUGCUGUGCGUACCAAAAAAUAAAUACAAAAUACGGAAAAUAAAGCA